AUGGCCGAAAACGCAGAUAGCCCGUUUCAAAUGGACGAGGACAUCCCAGGUCUACCGAAUACCAUAUCAAAGAGGGAACUGACAUACAAUGAUUUUAACGCGCGUUCGUUCAACGCCCACCUGGCCUCGGAGAUUACAUUGCAAACCAACGACGACACGCCACUACGAUCAAAGUUGGAUCAACUCAGGUUGGAAGAGACGGCUAACGAAAACAAUGCUACGACAACAGAAGAGGAAGAGGAAAAGAAUUACGAUGAAGAUGCAGAUGACAAGUUGGAUUUGAAUUUGCAAAAGAAACUUCAAUUGGAAUAUGAACUACAACAGAAGCAAUACAGAAAGUCGGGCGAAACGGCAGACGCGAUAGAGAAGAAGGUGGAGGCGGCGGAAGGAGCAGAGGAGGAGCUACAAUACGACUUUGAUGUUGAUGACCAGCCAUUGACACCACCUGAAAAUUUCGCAUUAGUUAUUGGAUCAAUUUAUAGAAGUUCAUUUCCACAACCGGCCAAUUUUUCGUUCUUGAAACAACUCAAAUUGAAAUCCAUACUAUGUCUCAUCCCAGAAGACUAUCCAGAACUACAAGAAAAGUUUUUUGAAAGCAACAAUGUCAAGUUGUUUCAAUUGGGGAUGUCGGGGAACAAGGAACCAUUUGUGAAGAUCUCACUGGACUUGAUUACACAAGCGCUCAAGAUAGUCCUAGAUCCAGAAAACCAACCAAUACUUAUACAUUGCAAUCGAGGUAAACACCGAACUGGUUGUUUAAUAGGAGUUUUGAGACGAUUGCAAGAUUGGUCGAAAACGAUCAUCUUUGACGAGUAUAGAAAGUUUGCUGCGCCAAAGGAGAGACCAAUGGAUCAGCAGUUUAUUGAGUUGUAUGACGAUAGGCACAUAAAGGAGCAUUGUAAGGAACGUGGGUUGUUGCCGUUGAGAUGGGGGUGA